AUGGAUGGAAAAUCUCGAGUUGGCCAUCCUUCUAGAGAAUGGUUAGAUGAUAUCACAGAUUGUGAUACAGUCAUGAGUGUCGAAGAAGUGAAAUCAUCGAAAGAGAUCCAACAUAAGAAGGUGACCAUAAUUAAUAUUCCAGAAGUACCACCACUCAAUGGCAAUUGGAAGACGAUCGAUCUUGAUGCUUUGUAUGAUACCGAAAAACGUUAUUUGACCAAAUGUGAUUUGGAUGAUGUCUACAGAAUACUCGAAUCUUCAUCUAAUGGACUCACAGAUAACCAGAUCAACGAACGUCUCGCGAAAUUUGGUUCAAAUACAAUCGAACACAAAGAUCGUAAUCCGAUCAUUCAGUUCUUUCUUUUCAUGUGGAAUCCGCUUUCAUGGGUAAUGGAAGCUGCUGCUAUAGUGGCUAUUGCAUUAAGCAAUGGUGGUGGUGAACCUCCAGAUUGGCCAGAUUUUAUCGGCAUUGUUUUGCUUCUUCUUAUUAAUGCCACUAUUGGUUAUAUCGAAAAAUAUCGAGCUGGUAAUGCUGUUAAAGCAUUGAUGGCUUCCUUAGCACCGGAAUGUCGAGUGAAACGCAAUAAUGGUAUAUGGUCGACAAUACAGGCUAGUGAGCUUGUUCCAGGCGAUAUUGUUGCUAUUAAAUUAGGAAAUAUAGUGCCGGCUGAUGCUCGAAUCGUGUCGUCACCUGGUGGAACAAUAUCUUUGGAUCAAGCAGCCCUCACUGGUGAAUCAUUACCUGCAUCCAAAACAAUCGGUGAUACAAUUCUUUCAUCGACCAUAUGCAAACAGGGCGAAUGCGAAGCAAUAAUCAUUGCUACUGGAAUAAAUACGGAAUUUGGACGUGCAGCAAAGAUUGUUGAUGGCGCAAGAGAUGAAGUAGGCCAUUUGCAGAUGAUCUUAGCCAAAAUUGGCAAUUUUUGCAUUGUUGGCAUCGCCAUUUUUAUCAUCGCCGAAAUCUUUGUCAUGUAUGUCGGAUUUCACUACAGUUAUCGACAAGGAAUCAAUAAUAUUCUGGUUUUACUCAUUGGAGGAUUGCCGAUCGCUAUGCCAACCGUAUUAUCGGUCACUCUGGCUAUUGGUGCGAAAGAAUUGUCCGCUCGUAAGGCAAUUGUCACUCGCAUUACAGCGAUUGAAGAGCUCGCUGCUGUAACCAUUCUCUGUUCCGAUAAAACUGGAACACUGACGCAGAACAAAUUAGUUAUUGAUAAAGAUACAAUUGUGAAAUAUACGGAUGUUGAACCAAAUGACAUCAUACGUUAUGCAGCCUAUGCAUGCAAUCAAGAAAAUUCCGAUGCAAUUGAUACAUGCGUAUUAGAUUCUUUUGGCAAAGCUGAUUCAAUAGACGAAAUGAUUAUCGUCAAAUCGUUUUGUCCGUUUGAUCCAACAACUAAACGAACAGAAGUGAUCUACCAAGAAAAAUCGAGUUUGUCGAUAUAUCGAGUUACGAAAGGAAUGCCUGAAACUAUUCUACGACUGUGUACAAAAGACAACUUAGAAUCAGCAAACGAACGGGAGAAAGUACGAUCAGAUGUCAAUAAAUUUGCAAAACGUGGCUUACGUGCCUUGGCUGUGGCCAUUGCCGCUGGCAAUGAAAAUUUCACAUUGAUUGGACUUUUGCCCAUUUUCGACCCACCACGAGAAGACACGAAAGACACAAUCACGAAAGCAAUUGCACUGGGCAUCAGAGUUAAAAUGAUUACGGGUGAUCAGCUAGAAAUUGCCAAAGAGACAGGACGUCGUUUGGGCAUGGGUGAUGUAAUGUAUGUGUAUGAAGAUAUAAUCAAUUCAAAAGAUGGGCAACAAUCAUCCAUAGACGAAGACAAAAUCAAUGAAACAGUUCUCGAAGCAGAUGGAUUCGCCAGCGUCUUUCCCAACCAUAAAUUUGAAAUUGUGGAACGACUCCAAGAUAUGGGUCAUCUAGUGGCUAUGACUGGUGACGGAGUUAAUGAUGCUCCGGCUCUGGCCAAGGCCAAUGUUGGUGUGGCUGUAUCAGAUGCAUGUGAUGCAGCUCGAUCAGCUGCUGCUAUUGUUCUCACUGAACCGGGUCUUUCAAUCAUUAUCGAUGCAGUACACGAACGACCAACUCUCCUGUUGAUUGCUGCUUUUGUCAUCACGCAAUUGUGUACCACAUUGAUUGCUGUCUAUGCCAAUUGGACAUUUACCGAGAUCGUUGGCUGUGGAUGGGCUUGGGCAGGUAUUGUUUGGAUCUAUAAUCUCAUUUGUACGGCAGUUGAAAAUGCUUAA